GAUAGAGACAAAAAUCAAUAUUGCUAAUGAGCGUUUAAAAAAAAAACGUUCACGAUAUUCUAGUCUUUCAAUCAUAAGUUCCUCCACGCUUGUAGCCAUUUGAUGAAUGAUUAGUGUCGUGCCUUUGGGUGGGACUAAUCUAUCGUUUUCGUCUUUAGUGAACAGAAGAAGAGAUUAUUCCCGUGAGGUUAUCUCAACUAAAGCGAGUAAUUCUGUCCGUAGUCCUGAAGUGCUGUCCAUACAGGAGUCUAAUAUAUAUAAGGAUGUGGCACAGGGAAAAGCGCCGUCACCACUAGUUGGGAUAUAUGAUCUUUCAGUUUACGCUGACAAGAGUAGUGGAACAGCUGUACAACAAGUCGCGGUCCACGAACCUUUUGCUUUUCUUCAUGAAGUGCAUCAUUUUUCAACAGGAGUAAUUCAAGGGCGAAUAGUUCACCCCACAACCGAACACACUUCCUCACCUGAUUCCCAUGAUAUUGCACAGAUCGCAGAAGUUCAGCUUAGAUCUCAUAUGGUGCGUGGCUCUCAGAAAAAAGACACACUAAUGCCACGUUUCUUACUUAGUAAUGUUAUUCAAAACGAACCCUCCGCUGCUGUUUCCGUGGAUUUAUCAGAUUGCAGAAUAUCCACAUCCUAUAUGCAGUCGCCAGCAGAUAUGUUUCGUUCACGUUCACUCCAAAAUGUUAUACUAUCCCCCACCCAAAGUAAACCGAUAUAUCAGCGUAAGUUGGUUUUUCUAGGCUUACAAGAGGUUGGUAAAACUUCUUUGUGUAAGUGUUUUGAGUCUGAACCUUUCUUUUUUAUGAGUCUGCCUGAUGUACGCACGACCACUGGUAUUAGGGUGAGAGAAAGGUAUAUGAAAGUAGACGGGGAUAGCGUGAAAUGCAUUCUUUCUGAUUUUUCAGGCCAGGAAACAUACCACUCGCACGGUUAUUUCCUCACAGAGCGCUCUGUUUUUGCUUUAGUGUGGAAAGUAUAUGUGGAUGGCCAAACUUCUCAAAGUGGUGGCAUUAACGAAGUGGAGGAGAAUCGCUUGUAUAUGUGGGUUUCUGAAAUUUAUGCCAAGUUUCCAUGCGCUCGGAUAGUGUUAAUUGCUACACAUUUGGAUGAGCUACGUGUGCAAAGUCAGUAUGCUGUCAAGAUGAUUCUCAAUAAAAUGAAGACUAAGAUUUUCGACUUCAUUAGCAGGGCUACGGUUACACGCUCUGUCAUGCUACACAAGCAUGAAAGAGGUAUCCACAAAUAUGGUGCUGCUGUUGCACCAUCCAGUAUCAUUGCUGGCAGUUUUGCCGUAUCAUGCAAGACGCGAAGAAUUAUUGCUGCUGAUGAUCACUUACAAAAUAUUUCUGGGAAGAGGAUUAGUACACUGUUUAACUAUAUGGGCACAGUUUUAAAGAUGGAUAGCAUCAAUGACAGGGAGUAUCCUCUGGGCAUUGUGCCUGGGCGCCACAUGUUGGUGAUAGAAGGCAUCGAAAAGAUCAAACGAACAGAACCAGACAAACUCCUAAUGCCAAUUACGGAGCUAGUUGACAUGGCUGUACGAAUGGGUGUUGCUUCGGAUGGAGAGCUGAUGCAAGUAGCGCGACUCAUGCACAGCUGGGAUGUUAUAUAUCUCCUCAAACAUAACAAGAUUGAGGAUAACUUAUAUGUCGUACUCCACACGCCUUGGCUUAGGCGUAUUGCAGCUUCGCUUUUUUCCUAUACACAUGUUCUGCACACACCACUUCAUUUGCGAUGCUAUGUUGAAGGUCUAGAGUACACGGUUAGCCAUGCGGAGACCUCAGAUUUAUCAUUAAUGCGUACAGGCUUCUUACGUCUGCCGUUGGCGCGGAUUCUUUUUCAUAAACCCCUAUCCGACUUCUUGAAGCGUGCCCCUAGCGAUUUAGACAUAUCCAUGUGUUUGCAACUGCUGAAGGCGAUGGACUUGCUUUACGUUGUGUGUAUGGACUGCGAUGAAGAAAACAUCAUAAUGGAAGAAACUCUAGUGAAUCCGGAUGCUGAUAUUCCCGUUGUUCGUGAGGGAAGAAUUAUUCGCUAUUUUGUUCCAUCUCUUGCUCCAUACCGCGUUCCCCCUUUGUUGCAGCGGUUGGCACCGCUACUGUUUCAGCGCGGUAUGCGGAUGCGUAUGAGUUUCAAUCUACUCCCAGAUGAACUCUGGUCGCGCAUGCAGUGCAGACUGCAUAUACAUCUUCAGGAGGUCUCAGUUUUUGUGCCACACAAUGGUUUCAUAGAUUACGUGCGAGAGCAGGAGAUAACGCUUCUGUCUGGUCUUAGGCUAAAGGAGGCCAGUAAAGAGCACAACCGUUGGCGCGAUGCGAUGUGGCUCGGGAACUCCACUUGCCGGGUUUUUAUGUAUCGUGAUGGUCUUACAGAUAUAUCGAUGUACUCUACUGAGAGUUCUCCAGAUAGUUCUAAAAUGAUUCUUCAAACCAUUGAGGAUAUUGUAUCUGAACUUAUGAAGGAGUAUCCAGGUGUACAGCGCAAUACUUAUGUUGUGUGCUCAAACCCAAGUUGUGGAGGUUGGCUGGGGGCAAGUCUUCUUGCUUAUAAUGGCAAAACUACGUGUUCCAUCUGUGCAAAGAAGUUUGGCAAUAAACAGGUCGUGUCUGCCGGUGCCGAGCAAUUGCGCUCGAAAAGCUUCUCUAAGGUGAUUCUAGAUGAGCUCCAUAGGCUUUUACCCCUGUGUAUCGUACCUCGGUCGUGUGAAUAUGUGUACAACUAUUUGGGAUUACCUAGCAAUGAAUUAGUUCAUGAUAAUAAGGAUGAUAAUACGCACAGCAAGUCUGAUUCAGGUAGAACUUUUCUAGGGAACAAUGAGAAGCCUAGCUCUAAUCUUCAUGUGGAUUACACCCACAUGCUGGAUAAAGUAGUGCAAGUAGCUCUCUAUAAUGCGUGGGUCGAUCGAGUUAAUGAACAAAACACACUCUAG